GUGUUGGACUCCGGAGCGACCUGACGCACUCUUGUACCAGAGCGCAGCUGUCACCAUUACUUCAUGCUUAUUGGCCCGAGACCGAGAGAGGCAGAGGCAAAGCAAAGGCAAACAACUGGAGAGAGAGAGAGAGAGAGAGAGAGAGAGAGAGAGAGAGCUAGAGAGAGAGAGAGAGAGAGAGAGAGAGAGAGUUGGACCCCUGCGCUCUCCAUCGAUCUGCAGAGGCGCACAGAGGAGCUUCUACCACACGCUGGACACAAUAUCUGAGAGCUUUAGUGUUUUCUUUUUGGGGUUAUUUGGAUCAUGCUUCUGGGCAAUUUGGUAGUGGUUGUGUUUUGCCUCUGGAGUACUGAGGUCUGCUGGGCUUAUGUGUUUUCCGCCAGCGGGGCUGCUGCAGAUGGAGGGGACAACCCGGCCCCUCACACUAAAGUUGUCUCAGAGUGGGUCAGCUCAGCAGGCUCCUGUAAGGGGAGGUGCUUCGAGCUGGACGAGGCCAAACCUCCAGGAUGCAGAUGUGACAACCUGUGUAAGACCUACUACAGCUGCUGCUCCGACUUCGACGAGCACUGCCUGAAGACAGGUGUAUGA